CACUCUGUGAUGAAUUCUUCCAAACCUGCCUAUUUAGAUUACUUUGGCAGAAUCCAUGGAAUUCUACUGUAUAAAGAAUUUAUCAAAUAUUGGCAUGAUGUGGAGGCAUUUGAGGCAAGGCCAGAUGACCUUGUCAUUGUCACCUAUCCCAAAUCUGGCACAACAUGGGUUAGUGAAAUUGUAUACAUGAUUUAUACAGAGGGUGAUGUGGAAAAGUGCAAAGAAGAUGCCAUUUUUAAUCGAAUUCCUUACCUGGAAUGCAGAACCGAAAAGGUGAUGAAUGGAGUAAAACAAUUAAAACAGAUGGCAUCUCCUAGAAUAGUGAAGUCUCAUCUACCACCUGAGCUUCUUCCAGCCUCAUUUUGGGAAAAGAACUGUAAGAUCAUCUAUGUUUGCCGGAAUGCCAAGGAUGUGGUUGUUUCUUAUUAUUAUUUCUUUUUAAUGGUGACUGCUAAUCCAGAUCCUGGUUCUUUUCAAGAUUUUGUGGAAAAAUUCAUGGAUGGAGAAGUUCCUUAUGGUUCCUGGUAUGAACACACAAAAUCUUGGUGGGAAAAGAGAGAGAAUCCACAAGUGCUAUUUCUUUUCUAUGAAGACAUGAAGGAGAAUAUCAGAAAAGAGGUGAUGAAAUUGAUAGAAUUUCUGGGAAGGAAGGCAUCAGACGAGCUUGUGGACAAGAUUAUAAAACACACUUCAUUCCAGGAGAUGAAGAACAAUCCAUCUACAAAUUACACAAUGCUACCGGAUGAAGUCAUGAACCAAAAAGUAUCUCCCUUCAUGAGAAAGGGGAUUGCAGGAGACUGGAAGAAUUACUUUACAGUAGCCCUAAAUGAGAAAUUUGACAUGCACUAUGAGCAGCAAAUGAAGGGGUCUACACUGAAGUUACGAACCGAGAUCUAG